CUAGACCGGGAAGGAGACGCAGGCGCACUCGUCUGGCCAUGCCUUUGCGGGUGUGGAGAUCCUGAGAAACCGGCUACCCACGCUUUCCCUGUGUGGAAGCAGGAACAGCUCCCCACCCCAGGACUAGGUGUCUACAUCUUUCAAAAUGGUGGCUGCGAAGUCGGAGACAGGCCGGGCUGCUACCUCUUACUUUCGUGCAGCCAGAUCGUUGCCCUCGCUGGUCACGGUCCUGGCGCUGGGAUAUUUCGGGGGUGCUGUCUUCUGGCCUGAGAGCAUUCCUUACCAGAGCCUGGGGCCCCUGGGUUCCUUCACUCAGUACUUGGUGGACCAUCAUCACACGCUGCUGCACAAAGGGUAUUGGCUUGCCUGGCUGAUUCACUUGGGAGAGUCCUUGUAUGCCAUUGUGUUGUGCAAGUCUAAAGGCAUCACGAACAGCUGGACUCAACUACUCUGGUUCCUACAGACGUUCCUCUUUGGGAUAGCAUCUCUCAGCUACUUGAUUGCUUAUAGACCAAGACACCAAAAGCAAACUUAAAGAAGAUAUUGUCGGCUGAAAUAAAUGAGAGUUGAGAGUUAUAUUUCAUUUGGCAGGAGGACUCGAGCUGGGAUGACAGCCUCUCAGAUGGCUCUGAGGGACUGCUCCGAAGAGGCAGGGGAGGAGCUAGGAUAUACAGGAGCUUUACAACAAAGACCAGGUAGUUGGAA